AUGGUCGGCGGUCGCAAAAGCAAAUCUGCAGGCCCUGCGCCUCCAUCGCGGACCCUUGUGCUCGACAAUGGCGGCUACACCAUCAAGGCCGGCUUCGUUUCCGAAGAGCUCACUGACGAGCCGCGAGUAAUUCCUAACUGCAUCGCCCGAGACCGAGCAAGGAAGGUCUAUGUCGCGUCCGACGUCGAAAAAUGCCGCGACUUUGGCGAGAUCCAAUUCCGACGACCGGUGGAGAAGGGCUUUAUCGUCAAUUGGGAAGCUCAAAAGGAGAUCUGGGACCAUGAGUUUUUCGACGACAGCGCUCCUCAAAAAUGCGACCCUUCCGAGACCAGGUUGCUCCUGGCAGAGCAGCCCAAUUCGCUACCCGUAUUACAGUCCAACUGUGACCAGAUCGUCUUCGAGGAGUACCAAUUCGCAAGCUACUACCGCGGCAUAGGCGCCUCCUUCAAUGCCUACCACGACGUCCAAGGCAUCCUUCAAACACCUCGAGACCCGAACACGACACCCGAUCUCCCGGCCGAAGUUGUCUUGUUGAUCGAUUCAGGCUACUCCAACACCAUCGUCAUGCCUCUUCUGAACGGCAGGCCCCUGCACUCCGCUGUACGCAGGCUCGACGUCGGAGGGAAACUCAUGACAAACUACCUGACGCGUCUGUUGUCUUUGAGGUACUACGACAUGCGCAACGACACCUACAUUGUCAACGAGAUUAAGGAACAGGUCAGCUACGUUUCCAUGGACUUCAACGGCGACCUCGAGAAGACCUGGAAGGGCACCAGAGGCGAGAAAAGGGAGCAAUACGUGACAGGGGCCGGCGUUGCGAAAGACUACGUCCUGCCCGAUUUCCACACCCGAACCAAGGGUAUCGUUCGAGACUACGACCCUGCGAUGCACACAAAAGCGAGGAAGAUGGCAGCACGAGCCGCGGACAACGACGAAGACAUACUGACGCUUCGGAAUGAGCGCUUCUCUGUCCCUGAGCUGCUCUUCCAGCCUUCUGAUAUUGGCCUUCGUCAACCCGGUCUUGCGGAUGUCAUUAUGCAGUCUCUCUCUGAGCUGCCCAUCGGGCUUUGGCCUGGUCUGUUGGCUAAUAUCGUCGUUGUCGGCGGCAACGCCUUGUUUCCCGGCUUCAUUCAGCGACUGGAGAAAGAACUUGUCAAGAGAGUCCCCGACGCCUGUAUUGUACGGGUGGCACAUCCCGUCAACCCCAUCACUAGUACUUGGGAGGGCGGUGCCAACUUGGCCAAGCACCCUGACAUCCACAAGUUUUCUGUCACGAAGCAGGAAUACGAAGAAUAUGGCGCCGCAUGGGUCGCCCGCAAGUUUGGCUCUGGAACCGCCGGUGACUGA